UUCUAACCCUACUUUUUCAAUCUUAGAACAGAACAAAACACGAGCAUCUGCUCUCCCUUCCCGGAGGCCCCGACAUCGGCGAUCGGCGCCGCUACCUAUGGUCAGAUCUGCUACUUCUUCUUCCAACGCGCCGCCACCUAUGGUCAGAUCUGCUGCUUCUUCUUCUUCGGCGCAGCCUUCUCUGUCCAUUCUUGUAGCAUCGUCCGCGCCGACCAAGGCAACCGCGUGCGAGUUCAGAUGCUUGGCUUUGGUGGUGACCUCCGCACCAUCGCCGCCCUUGCCAGGUCAAGAUCUACGUUUCCCACCGUUGCUGCUCCAUCAACGAGGGCCGCGAACGUUCUCGGCUUCCCUUCGCGGCGGCGGCGUCCUCGGUGCCGCUUUCUACCGCCACGCCAGCCAUCUUGCACGGUGACGCUUCUGGCACGGACUUCAAGCACAGAUACGUGUUCUCUACUUCUUCUUCUGUGUGUUUUAGAUUCAUCGCUAAUUCUAGAAUUUUUGUUGCUGCUCUCUCUAAUUCUGCAUCUUCAUAAUCUGAAUCUGAAUUCCGUAAAUGUAGAUCUGUGAUUGUUGAAUUUUCUACUUCUAGAUUUGUGGAAUUGUUGUUGAUUAGUUUAAAUUCUGACUCCGAAUUGGCUUGAAUUUAUUCUAGGUGAUGGAAAUUCGUGUACGAAGUUUGGAAACUUAGUCAAGCCUGCAUCGGAAGGUGUGGACACACGAAGUUUGGAAACUUAGUCAUAGCAGAUGAAUAUGCACCACUAUCACCUGAGAGAAACCAGAUCUAUUUUUUCAAAAUGAAUGUAUAAACAAGCACAUAUAUACAUCUUCCCUUCCUGUAAUCAAGAUUCAAGACUCCUAAGUCAUAAACAAUCAUUUUGAAUAUAUACAUCUUGAAUCUUGCUUACAGAAAGGGAAGAUGUAUAUAUGUGCUUGUUUAUACAUUCAUUUUGAAAAAAUAGAUCUGGUUUCUCUCAGGUGAUGGUGGUGCAUAUUCAUCUGCUAUGCAAGCUGUCCUCUCACGCCUAUUGUCUGCUGCUCCUGCUCCUGGACAUACUUCGCGGACAUACUUCGCAAGAAAAUCGCAGCCAGUGUCUUAAAGGCUGUGGUUGGAGAGAAGAAUCCUUCCAGAAUCCAUUAUUCGUUGUCGUAUCCGGGAACUGGACACCUAUCAUAGUUCAGCAUAUGUUACCUGUUAGAGAAAGCAACUCAAGUUUUCAGUUUCCUGGAUUUUGCAUGCCUCAAAUGUUUAAAAAUGAAGAUGAAGAAGGAAGGGAUUCUGAUAGGGGGAACUUUGAGACUGACACAUGUGUUGAUGUGGGCUUAAUUUCAGCGCACAGAAAGAAAAAAAAUAAUAAGCCCUAACUCUUCUCCGACGCUAUUUUCCUUCAACCUGAUUCCUUUCCAUUUGCUCGUUAGGGGUGUGCAAAAAAUAUUCUUACCCCCAAGGCCCAAGUACUCUAAGGUCCUUGACCAAAAAAAAGAGGGUAGCUAAUUGGAUUUUUUUUCUCCCGUUCUCCCUUUCUUACUGCCUCUCUGCGCCUCCACUCUUCAAAUGCAUAUGAUUACAACGUAUACCUUUUAUUAAAUGUUUGAUUACUAUUGA